UUUGUUAACAUCCCUAAUAUUCCUUUCAUAAAUACUCAGUGAAUAACAAAUCGCCACAAAAACUCCCUAAUAAAAAUAUUUCUCCAGAACAAUUAAUAAAUAUUAUAAAUUAAUAUAUUAAACAAUAUAACUUUUUUUUUACAGUCGGUAAUUCAGAACAAAUGUCACUGAAUUCCAUAAUUUCUAUCCUAACUUCGUUUGUGCCUAGACUGUACUUAUAUACUCAAUUCUAUGUUUUAUUUAAUCACAGGUCAAAGUUCAUAUUGUGAGUGGUACCUUCUCAUUAAGUGAAUGUCACCAGAGUACCUGCAGGAACCAAUUAAAAAUUUUUGACUUAGAUAAUAGAAAAUUCAAUUAAAAAAAUUAUUUGAUGCAUUGGAAUGAUCUGUUCUAGAAAUAGGUGCUAUUAGUUCCUGUAAUGUACUGUUUAUAUUUAUAAAUAAUGAUAAAAUCUCAAGAAUCUCGUGAUCUUGAUUUGGCACGUAAGCUAUAUCAGCAGGAGAAUUGCUUUGGGUUGACUGAAAAUGCAAUUAUACCAAAGAAUAAAGAUAAGGAGAACUAUAAACCGAGGACAUUGAUUGAUCAAACGUUGGAACUAAUCGAUCCGACGCCUAAUAUUUAUACGUUAUUCAUGCAAUUCAAUGAACGUUUCUUCUGGAAUGUCUUACUGCCUGUAGAAGUUAAAUGGAGUAGUAGAAUGACGAGUUGCGCCGGAGUAUGUUCUUUUCAUCCAAGAAAUAGACAAUGUGUAAUCUCACUUAGCGCGCCGUUGUUAAAAUUACGACCAAGAAAAGAUCUUGUAGAGACUCUGUUGCACGAAAUGAUUCAUGGAUAUUUGUUUCUUACAAAUAAUAAUCGCGAUAGAGAUGGACACGGGCCAGAGUUCUGUAAGCACAUGGAUAGAAUAAACAAAACAGCUGGAACAAAAAUAACGAUAUAUCAUAGUUUCCACGAUGAAGUUAAACUCUAUCAGCAACAUUGGUGGAGAUGCGAUGGCCCUUGUCAGAAAAGGGCUCCAUAUUUCGGAACAGUCCGUAGAGCCAUGAAUCGUGCACCAGGUCCAACUGACUUUUGGUGGAAGGAACAUCAGCGAACUUGUGGCGGUCAGUUCAUUAAAAUUAAAGAGCCAGAAAACUUUAAAGUGAGGGGACCCAGAAACAAAGACAAAGCGAACCCUACUCUGAAAAGUAAUGGUUCUGCGAACAGUAUGGCUAAUUGGCUCACAAAAUCUACUUUCAAUACUGUCAAAUCGGUGACCAUGUCUACUGCUAAGAAUAUUAAACCAAGUUCGAACGCUCAGAAUUCUCAGAACGGAUUGAAAAAACUUGGGAAUAGUACAAAUAACGUUCAUGGAUGGGGUGUAGGAAGUCCAAGUAGUUCAAAUAAUUUACCAAAGCCUGUUCAGUCGUCGAAAUCACCAUAUAUUCCAAAAACAAAACCACCUUCAAAUAUUCAGAGUCCAUUGAACGGAUUAAAGAAACUUGGAAAUGGUACAAAUAACGUUCAUGGAUGGGGUGUAAGAGGUCCAAGUAGUUCAAAUAAUUUACCAAAGCCUGUUCAGUCGUCAAAAUCACCAUAUAUUCCAAAAACAAUUAAACCGCAUUCGAAUAUUCAAAGUCCAUCAAAUGGAUUAAAGAAACUUGGAAAUAAUACAAACAAUGUUUAUGGCUGGGGUACGAGUGGUCCAAAUGGUUCAAGCAGUUCAAAUAAUUCACUGAAGACAACCUCAGUUUCUACUAUGCCUAAAUUGUUCUGUUCUGGCUCUCUCGGUGGUUCUAAUACAGGAAAAAGUAACUUGCUGGAUAAGUUUGGUAACGGUAACAAACAGUGUAACUCAAAUAUGACUGCUAAGGUACCGAGAAAAUCAGUAAACAAGCCUGUUAAUAACAAGAUAGAAACGUCAACUGGUAACGACUCGUCUGAGAAAAUAAAACUUAUAGAGUGUCCAGUGUGUAGUAAUUUUAUAUCAAAUAGUGAAAUAAAUAAGCAUGUAAAUUCAUGUUUAAUGACGACAGAUAAACAGUCAAUCGAUGAAGCUAAUUUUACUAAAAUACCAGUGAAAGAACAGAAUUUAUCAUCUUCGCAGAAAAGAAAAAUUGACACGGACAUGUCUUCGAAUAAGCAACCUAAGUUAGAUAAUUCAAAAAUAGCAAAUUGUCCUGUGUGCAAUAAAAGUUUCAGCCUUGACGACAUAAAUGAACAUCUGGAUGAAUGUCUUUCAGAAAGUACUGUGAAAGAUAAGACUAAAAAUGAUAGCAUAAUUUCUGUAAGUAGCGAAUCAAGCGAUGAUCUAUCAUCCUCAAUUGAGGAGUCGAAAGUCACCGAUCCUGUUUCAAAAUCUCAAACAAAUAAAAUAGUAGAAACAGGUUCCUUUAAGUGUCUGGUGUGUAAUGUGUUCAUUCCUCCUGGGACAUGUUUAAACGAUCAUCUGGAGGAUUGCAUUGGAAGCUUAUUUAAUGACGACUCAAUAGAUUUAACAGUUUGUGAUAAUGACAAAAUGUCAGAAACAAUUUCAGAAACAUCAUUUGAUGAGAGUGAUAAAUAUCCUUGUCCUGUUUGUAUGGAAUUGAUAUCGGAAUCCUUGAUGAAUCAACACUUGGAUACAUGCCUUAAAACGUGAUUGCAGUAGUAUUAUUGUUAUGUGCCUCGUUUAAUAAGUUAUGCUAAUUUAUAACUAUUUAAUAUUACAUAGGAGAGUAUUUUAUUUAAUCCUUUGAGUGCUGUGAGCGUACAUAUGUAUUGUUUGAUCUCCAAAUUCACACGUGUGUAGUGACAGUUACAAGUGUAUGUGAUUAAUAUACGUGUUUCUUAGCAAUAUUCAAUUUGGUGAAACUGAAUUACAAUUACAAUUUAGUUGCAACUUAAUUGUAUAAAUUAACAUAGUUUAUUAACCUUAAGGUGAGUAAAAAAAUAUUCCAUUCACACGGAAUGUUUUGACUGGGAGUAUUCAGCACUCAAAGGGUUAAACAUUGAACUGAUAUUCGUAGUUUGUGAUUACAUAUUGCCAUUUUGUAUCAUUUAUUUUUUAAAUAAAUAUAUUUCAUUUGAAGAGUAAUUGGGUAAUUAAUGUGACUUCGUUUCAUUAUUCUGCGAAUAAUACACACUUCACUUUCUGAUAUUUACAGUUUCUGUUUAAAUUACAAUUUCAUAUUUAUUAUAAACAAAUAUUGCUUUUUAGAUACAGAAUUUUAUGAAAUGUCCACGUUAAUAAGAGUCUGUUAAAAUUAAAUUUUCGUCCAUUCAAUGAAACAUGUUAAUAAAAGAUUCUAUAAUUUGUCGUAUGAAUUAUUAUUGUCAGUAACCUG